AUGGAUGAAGAAAUGAUCGCCGAUCAUGCUCUCGUCUGCUGCUCACUCAAUCAGCUUUCAACAAAUCCGAAUACUAGGUUGACGGAGUCGACGGCCAGUAUGUCCGACCAUGAAGAACAGUGGUGGCUAUUUGAGCCCAUAGAGAUUGAUGAUGAUCCGAACGAAGUAAUCUUCUCGUCGGACGAUGAUUCUUUCUGGGAUACAAGUGACUCCGAAAGCGAAUCUGACGAUGAUAGUUUCGACGAUGAUUCUUCUACUCAUGGUUCUUCGGACGACGAUUGUUCCGACGACGACUGCUCGGACGACGACUGUUCGGACGACGACUGUUCUGACGACGAUUGCUCUGACGACGAUUGUUCGGACGAGAAUUUCAAUCCGGAUAAAGCACUGAAGGCCGGGUAUAAAAAGUGUCUUCAAGCGCAUAAUGAAAAACGAAAUCUUCACGAAGACACUCCCCCAAUGAAGCUCGACAAAAUACUUUGCUCACAAGCUCAAGAAGGAGCCGAAGAUUUGGGCAAGCGAAAUGCAUUUGCUCACGACACGCCAAGAUACGGUGCUGGUGAGAACUUAUUCAUGACCAGUGCUGGCAAAAAUGAGGAUGGACUGUCAAAGGAACGCUGUGUAAGCUUUGGUCAAUCUUCCGUCAAUGCUUGGUACGGUGAGAUCGACAACUACUCCUUCAGCAAGCAUGGAAAGAAGAACGAUGGUGUCAUUGGUCAUUUUACUCAACUUGUAUGGAAGAAAUCUGUCAAGCUCGGUGUUGGAAUCGCCAAACGAAAGGAUGGAAAGACCAUCGUACUUUGCCGAUAUUCUCCAGCGGGAAAUAUGAAUAUGUCGAAGAAUCUCCCUGACCAAAUCGGAGACUUGAAAUGCAAGAAUUGCUGA